CCAUUUCCGUCUCCCCUACAAGCCGCAGGCCCUCUGCGAGAGGAAGCUGGGGUUUGUGGUUCCUGUUUUGCCUGAGGAGUAAGAGCAGCAGUGAAGAGGGUGCUGUUGGGAGCUCUGACACAUUUCACUGUCAUUACUGCUUCCCUGAGAGGCGGAAGGGGCUGGAUUGGUGGCUCCAGUGCACAACCCCUCAUCUAUGAUUAGCCUCGAAAGAGAGAACUUGGCUAAACUUUGUCCUGUAGCUUUAUCUGUGUCUUCCUCCCAUCUUCCUGUGACUUCCUUGAUGGCAGAUGCCAGGUAUGAAAUGCUGUUGCAAUUCUAGAGCCCUGCACAGGUAAUAGGAUUCCACUUUCCAUCAGUUGAGUGAUGUGGGAGGCCUCCUCUCCUCCCCUCCCUGCCUGGCCUUUGGAGUCCCAGAGGCAGGCCUCCCAAAGUGCUGUGAUUAUAGGUGUGACCCACCGCUCCCUGCCGCCUCAGGAUUUUUUUUUUUUUACCCUAAAGGGGAGGGGUCACAUUUUUCUUUUUUAUUUUACUUUUUAUUUUUUAAGACUGAGUUUCACUCUGUCACCCAGGAUGGAAUGCAGUGGUGAGAUCUUGGCUCUGCGUCCCGGAUUCAAAUGAUUCUCUUGCCUCAGCCUCCCAAGUAGCUGGGAUUACAGGUGUGCCCCACACCUGUAAUUUUUGUAUCUUUAGUAUAAACUCGUUUUCACCACGUUGGCCAGGCUGGUCUUGAACUCCUGACCUCAGGUGAUCAGCCCACUUUGGCCUUCCAAAGUUCAGGGAUUGCAGGCAGGAGCCACCUCGUCCCGCCAGAGGGCACAUUUCAAACAGCAUUCUGAAGUCCUGGUGGUAAGAAAGAGCAGACAGAGGUGACAGCGCACAGUGGCGAUGAGGCCAAGGACAAGAGAAUGCAGGAUGCCGCUCCCCACCUAGAGGAAGUUUAAAACCUGCGGUUCUAAGGUUCUCUGGCUUCUCCCUUUCUCACGCUCCAAAGCUGAGAAGGCCCAAAGCGAAGACAGAGAGGACCCAGAAGAAGGACCCCCGAGCACGUGAUGGGGGAACACGCGGGUGCUGUCACGUGAUCCGACAACCUGCCUCCUCUCUGGGCCGAACGUUCAGCUGCUCUUAAAGACCCUCAUCCCUCCCGUGGGAGCCCCCUCUGCACAGUCUGUGACCCUGGACCCUUGGGGGACCUGAACUUGAGGUCAUGAGAAGCUGUGCGGGCUCGCGGCGGCGCCUUUCGGAUUCCGAGGGUGAGUAUUUCUGCCACCCUCCUAGGAGCGACCACCUCUGGCUCGCUGCCCACCCGAGGGUAAUGAGAGCUGACUCGGCCUCGGGAGGACACGCAUGGGGCCGUCGUGUGCCUGAGAGUGGGUGGGGGUCAUGCCCUCUUCUCACUCUCCCAGGGGAGGAGACCGUCCCGGAGCCCCGGCUCCCUCUGUUGGACCGUCAGAGCUCGCAUUGGAAGAAUGCGGUGGGCUUCUGGCUGCUGGGCCUUUGCAACAACUUCUCUUAUGUGGUGAUGCUGAGUGCCGCCCAUGACAUCCUUAGCCAUGAGAGGACAUCAGGAAACCAGAGCCAUGUGGACCCAAGCCCAACACCCAUCCCCCACAACAGCUCAUCACGGUUUGACUGCAACUCUGUCUCUACAGCUGCCGUGCUCCUGGCGGACAUCCUCCCCACACUCGUCAUCAAAUUGUUGGCUCCUCUUGGCCUUCACCUACUGCCCUACAGCCCCCGGGUUCUCAUCAGUGGGAUUUGUGCUGCUGGAAGCUUCGUCCUGGUUGCCUUUUCUCAUUCCGUGGGGACCAGCCUAUGUGGUGUGGUCUUGGCUAGCAUCUCAUCAGGCCUGGGGGAGGUCACUUUCCUCUCCCUCACUGCCUUCUACCCCAGGGCUGUGAUCUCCUGGUGGUCCUCAGGAACUGGGGGAGCGGGGCUGCUGGGGGCCCUGUCCUACCUGGGCCUCACCCAGGCCGGCCUUUCCCCUCAGCACACCCUGCUGUCCAUGCUGGGUAUCCCUGCCGUGCUGCUGGCCAGCUAUUUCUUGUUACUCACUUCUCCUGAGCCCCAGGACCCUGGAGGGGAAGAAGAGGCAGAGCGUGCAGCCCGGCAGCCUCUCAUAGGAACCGAAGCCCCAGAGUCGAAGCCAGGCUCCGGCUCCAGCCUCUCCUUUCGGGAAAGAUGGACAGUGUUCAAGGGUCUGCUGUGGUAUAUUGUCCCCUUGGUCGUGGUUUACUUUGCUGAGUAUUUCAUCAACCAGGGACUUUUUGAACUCCUCUUUUUCCGAAACACAUCCCUGAGUCAUGCUCAGCAGUACCGCUGGUACCAGAUGCUGUACCAGGCUGGCGUCUUUGCCUCCCGCUCUUCUCUCCGCUGCUGUCGAAUCCGUUUCACUUGGGCCCUGGCCCUGCUGCAGUGCCUCAACCUCGUGUUCCUGCUGGCGGACGUGUGGUUUGGCUUUCUGCCAAGCAUGUACCUCGUCUUCCUGAUCGUUCUGUAUGAGGGGCUUCUGGGAGGCGCAGCCUACGUGAACACCUUCCACAACAUCGCCCUGGAGACCAGUGAUGAGCACCGGGAGUUUGCCAUGGCAGCCACCUGCAUCUCUGACACGCUGGGGAUCUCCCUGUCAGGCCUCCUGGCUUUGCCUCUACACGACUUCCUGUGCCAGCUCUCCUGAUACUCGGGCUCUUUGGGCUCCUCUGCCCAUAGGGACCUCCCUCUGCCAGGUUAGACCACCCCAGAGCCCUUCCACGAACUGUGCUCCCAGCCUUCCCAGCAGGGCCGGGAGUAGGGAAGGGCUGAGCCUUGUUCCCCUGGCAGGGGGUUGGCCAGUCAUGGUCUCCCACUUGGGGAGUUUCUUCCUGGUAUUGUGCCCUUUGAAUAAAAGCCGAUUUUAUCCGUGGA